CCGCGGCUCUCUCAUUUCAGGAGCAUUUCCAUGCCUGCACCCGGCGCUCUUUCAGACACCGUCAAAAAAUAACUCACUGUCAUCAUCAGUGGAAAACACCUUCGACUCCUGACCGGACUAAUUAUUUCAGAUAGCAAGAGGAGUGAUUUUUCUCGGUGGAGGGAUAUCGACAAGAGAGAGAGAGAUCGACCGCAGUAACGACAGGGCCCAUUGGACACUGAGCACCCUUGGGCCAGUCUGUCUAGUAGACAUGUUUCAAACUGUCCCUGACACGUCGUCUUACGUUAAGGUAAGACACCACCGUCUGUUGGAUCAGGAGGCGCUAUCAGUGGUGAGUGAAGACCAGUCCUUAUUUGAGCCUCCCUACGCUGCUGCUGCCCCUCUCCCCAAAACAGACAUGACUGCAUCUGGCACACAGGACUACAGCCAGACCCACAAAAUCAACCCUUUGCCCCCACAGCAGGAGUGGAUCAACCAGCCUGUGCGGGUCAACGUCAAGAGAGAAUAUGAGCACAUGAACGGAUCCAGCAGGGAGUCUCCCGUGGACUGCAGUGUGGGCAAAUGUAAUAAGCUGGUCGGGGCUAAUGACACAUCUCAGAUGACCUAUGGGAGCUAUAUGGACGAGAAGAAUGCUCCUCCCCCCAACAUGACCACCAAUGAGCGGAGAGUCAUUGUACCUGCAGACCCAUCACUGUGGUCUCAGGACCAUGUGCGGCAGUGGCUGGAGUGGGCCAUCAAGGAGUAUGGACUGCUAGAAAUUGACACAUCAAUGUUUCAAAACACAGACGGCAAAGAGCUCUGCAAGAUGAGCAAAGACGACUUCCUCAGACUUACCACCCUGUACAACGCAGAAGUGCUUCUGUCUCAUCUCAAUUACCUCAGGGAAAGUAGCUCAUCAUUAUCCUACAAUACGCCAUCUCACACCGACGCAUCACCACGUUUGGCUGCCAAAGAAGAUCCAUCAUAUGAUGCUGUACGGCGGACAGGGUGGUCUAACAACAUGCACAGUGGCAAGGGCUCACCUGUCGUUCCUCAGAAUGUGACCAAGUCCACUGAGCAGGCCAGACCUCAACCAGAUCCUUAUCAGAUUCUGGGCCCCACCAGUAGUCGUCUUGCCAAUCCAGGCUCAGGUCAAAUCCAACUUUGGCAGUUCCUCUUGGAGCUCUUGUCCGACAGUGCCAAUGCAGGGUGCAUCACUUGGGAAGGGACCAAUGGAGAGUUUAAGAUGACAGAUCCAGAUGAGGUGGCGCGACGAUGGGGUGAGCGUAAGAGCAAGCCCAACAUGAACUAUGACAAGCUGAGCCGCGCGCUGCGCUACUACUAUGACAAAAAUAUCAUGACGAAAGUGCAUGGCAAACGCUAUGCCUACAAGUUCGACUUCCAUGGUAUUGCUCAGGCACUGCAGCCGCACCCCACCGAGUCAUCGAUGUAUAAAUACCCCUCGGACCUAGCCUAUGUGCCUUCUUACCACGCCCACCAGCAGAAGGUCAACUUUGUAUCCCCGCACCCUCCAUCUAUGCCAGUCACCUCCUCCAAUUUCUUUGGACCCACUGCUCAGUACUGGAGUUCGCCCACUGCAGGCAUCUACCCAAACCCAAACGUUCCUCGCCACCCUAACACCCAUGUGCCAUCCCAUCUUGGCAGUUACUAUUAAAACAACUCUCACCUAUCAAUGACCAACUUUUAAAACCUACCUUCUCCCCCUACCAAAAUUGCUGAGCUGCACUCGUUGUAAUGCCAAAGACUGAACUGAUGGAAACAAACAUCUAAAGAAAUGCUGUUCCUCAAAGAAGAAUGAGUAAAUUGAUUUUUUUUUGUGUGUGUGUAAGAAUUUAUAAAAACUGGAUACCUUGGUCUACAAUGGAAUACUACUUAUUACAACUGUUUAUAGAUGCACAUCUAAGUUUCCUGUGCCUGUCUUUUCCAUUGUCUUGAAAGCUUCAUCUAAAAGCCAAUACUUGUCCCAAAGCCAAAGGAAAGGUGUUGAGCCUGAUUGUGUCAGCCUUUUCUCCAUGCUACCUUACCAGACAUGGGCCUACCACUUAUGGGUCUCAAUUUAUGUCCUUCUCAGUACACCUUGCUUAAAAAAAAAAACAAAAAAAAAACGCUGUAGCCGCUUAUCGACUACCUUUUUGGGGUUUUUCCACUGUUUUUCUUUGCUUUUCUGUUCAGCUUCUUGUUUAUUGUUACUUGUGUGUGUGUGGAGCGGGGUGGGCUGGGGGAGGGUGUUGUGUGUGUGUAUGUUUGUAUGUGUGCCUCCAAUAGACACGUAAGAUAUCUUGCAAGAGGGACUUUUCUCAGCACUGAAUAAAAAUUGGCGACUGGAAUACAUAGUUCACUAUGCCGCCAUUUAAUUUAUCCUCCAAAACUGGAAGGCUGGAGAAGAGUUAGAUGCCAUAAAAUGAAGCGCUGUAUGUUUCUGCUGAACCUGGGUCAACUCAGUUGCUUAAAGAAUGUGUUCAAUGUAUUUUGCAUGAAGUCGAGAGAGAUGAUAGGUAAUAAGCACAGCAGAGUUAAGUCAAUUGUGCUGCGGAAGCAAAGUCGAGAUUUUAAUUGCAGUAAUUUGCAGCAAUUCCCGCCCUGUGUGUCUCUCUCUUGUUUUUUUUUUUUUUGUUUUUUUUUGGUAGGCCACACACUAAGCUAAGUGCUUGACUCGUUGCUUCCUUUCAGCCAUAGUAUUCUGAGAUUUUUUUUUUUUUUUUGUGUUGCUCAACCAUAUCAGUAUUAAUGUGAACGUUUUCUGGCUUGUGAAAUACUCUUAAAAGGAAAAGCCUUGCCUAAGUCAAAAUAUGUCAGAAGUGGUUAUUUAAGAAGAAUAAUAAUGCAUGUCCAUGUGUUGUCAUGAAUCUAAAACAUGAAAGUGAUUUUAGAGUAUGUGAGGGGUUUUUGAAGGUUAUAUUGGCCUUGCUGUUUUUGAGGAUGUUGUUUAACUAUCCAAAAACCCUCGAGUCUUUAUCUACUUUUAAAAAUGUGCUGAGAAACAAAGCUCUAACCCUUGCAGUGUUAGGGUUACGCUCCAACUGCUGAUCUUUAUCUUAUCGUUAUCAAUUACCAGUAAACAACUAAAGUCCUGAAGAAGAUAUAACUGUUUUGUUAAAUCUGAC